AUGCCUGAGGUAGAAACCCCAAGGGAGGAGCCUGGGCUGGUCCAGCAGCAGGUUCUGGAGCACCUCAGCAGUCUCUCCAGAGAAGUGAACCUGGACUAUGAGCGCAGCAUGAACAAAAUCAACUUUGACCAGAUUGUCUCAUCCAAGCCUGACACGUUCUCCUAUGUAACCCUGCCUGAGAAGGAAGAGGAGAAGGUGCCCAGGCAAGGGCUGGUGAGUGUCCCCGAGUACCCUUUCCGGGAGCAGAAGGAAGACUUCACCUUUGUGUCCCUGCUUACACGGCCAGAGGUCAUCACGGCCCUCAGCAAGGUGCGGGCUGAGUGCAACAAGGUGACCGCUAUGUCCCUGUUCCACUCAAACCUCUCCAAGUACAGCCGCCUGGAAGAGUUCGAGCAGAUUCAGUCCCAGACCUUCUCGCAGGUGCAGAUGUUCCUAAAGGACAGCUGGAUCAGCACGCUCAAGGUGGCCAUGCGGAGCAGCCUGCGUGACAUGAGCAAGGGCUGGUACAAUCUCUAUGAAACCAACUGGGAGGUAUACCUCAUGUCAAAGCUGCGCAAGCUGAUGGAGCUGCUCAAGUACAUGCUGCAGGACACACUGCGCUUCCUGGUGCAGGACUCGCUGGCCAGCUUCUCGCAGUUCAUCAGCGAUGCUUGCUGCGGUGUGCUGGACUGCCCUGAUGACAUGGUCUGGGGCGAGGACCUCAUCAACAGCCCCUACAGGCCCCGGAAAAAUCCCCUCUUCAUUGUGGACCUGGUGCUGGAUAGCUCGGGGGUGCACUACAGCACGCCACUGGAGCAUUUCGAGACAUCUCUGCUCAACCUCUUCGACAAGGGCAUCCUGGCCACGCACGCGGUGCCCCAACUGGAGAAGCUGGUGAUGGAGGACAUCUUUAUCAGCGGCGACCCCCUGCUGGAGUCCGUGGGGCUCCACGAGCCAUUGGUGGAGGAGCUGCGGACCGUCAUUGCCAAUGCUGUGCGCAAGGCCAUGAUCCCACUGCAGGCUUACGCCAGGGAAUACCAAAAGUAUUUGGAGCUGAAUAACAAUGACAUUGCCACCUUCCUCAAAGCCUACCAGACGCACUGCCCGUCAUCCUCGGAAGUACGGGAGGUGGUGCUCACCCACCUGCAGGAAAAAGAGAUUCUGGACAGCUCGCUGCCCAGCAGUAUCAUUAUUGGGCCCUUCUACAUAAACGCCGACAAUGUCAAGCAGAGCCUGUCCAAGAAGCACAAGGCCCUGGCCACUUGCAUGCUCGACAUCCUGGCCAAACACCUGCACAAGGAGGUGGACAAUAUCUGUGAGGAGUUUCGCAGCAUCAGCCGCAAGAUCUAUGAGAAGCCCAACAGCAUCGAGGAGCUGGCUGAACUUCGCGAGUGGAUGAAGGCCAUCCCUGAGAAGCUGGUGGGGCUAGAGGAGAGGAUUGUGAAGGUCAUGGAUGACUACCAGGUCAUGGAUGAAUUCCUUUACAACCUCAGCACAGAGGACUUCAACGACAAGUGGGCUGCCAGCAACUGGCCUUCUAAGAUCCUUGGGCAGAUAGAGAUGGUACGGCAGCAGCACAUAGAAGAUGAGGAGAAGUUCCACAAAAUCCAGAUCAUGGAUCAGAACAAUUUCCAGGAGAAACUGGAGGGGCUGCAGCUGGUGGUAGCUGGCUUCUCCACCCAUGUGGAGAUUGUGCGAGCGCACGAGAUCGCCAAUGAGGCGCGGCGGGUCAAGAAGCAGCUGAAGGACUGCCAGCAGCUGGCCAUGCUGUAUAAUAACCGCGAGCGCAUCUUCGGCUUGCCCAUCACCAAUUACGACAAGCUCUCCAGGAUGGUGAAGGAGUUCCAGCCCUACCUAGACCUCUGGACCACGGCCUCCGACUGGCUGCGUUGGUCUGAGAGUUGGAUGAAUGACCCCCUGUCGGCCAUUGAUGCCGAGCAGCUGGAGAAGAAUGUCAUUGAGUCCUUCAAGACCAUGCACAAGUGUGUGAAGCAGUUCAAGGACAUACCAGCCUGCCAGGACGUGGCCUUAGACAUCAGGGCCCGCAUCGAGGAGUUCAAGCCCUACAUCCCGCUGAUCCAGGGGCUGCGCAACCCUGGCAUGCGGAACCGGCACUGGGAGGUGCUGUCCAACGAGAUCAACAUUAAUGUCAGGCCCAAGGCCAACCUGACCUUCGCUCGCUGCCUCGAGAUGAACCUGCAGGACCACAUUGAGAGCAUCAGCAAGGUGGCCGAGGUGGCUGGAAAAGAGUAUUCCAUUGAGCAGGUGGGUGGCCACCAGGAAGCCCACCUAGCCCCAGGGCCUAGGAGGAGGACACUACUGGGCCCCACCCCUGGGGCACUGGACAAGAUGGAGAAGGAGUGGUCAGCCAUCCUGUUCAACGUGCUGCCAUACAAGGAGACAGACACCUAUAUCCUCAAGAGCCCGGACGAGGCCUCACAGCUGCUUGACGACCACAUUGUCAUGACCCAGAGCAUGUCCUUCUCGCCCUACAAGAAGCCCUUCGAGCAGCGCAUCAACUCCUGGGAGAGCAAGUUGAAGCUGACCCAGGAGGUGCUGGAGGAGUGGCUGAACUGUCAACGGGCCUGGCUCUACUUGGAGCCCAUCUUCAGCUCUGAGGACAUCAAUCGGCAGUUGCCCGUGGAGAGCAAGCGCUACCAGACAAUGGAGCGGAUCUGGAGGAAGAUCAUGAAGAAUGCCUAUGAGAACCGUGAGUUUGACCAUGCUCGCUUCCACUCUCUGGCCUGGGCCAUGCAGGUAAUCAAUGUGUGCUCUGACCAGAGGCUGCUGGACAGCCUGCGGGACUGCAACAAGCUGCUGGACAUGGUGCAGAAGGGCCUCAGCGAGUACUUGGAGACCAAGCGGGGUGCCUUCCCCAGAUUCUACUUCCUGUCAGAUGACGAACUACUCGAGAUUCUGUCCCAGACAAAGGACCCCACAGCCGUUCAGCCCCACCUGCGCAAGUGCUUCGAGAACAUCGCCCAGCUGCAAUUCCAGGAGGACCUGGAGAUCACACACAUGUACUCGGCGGAGGGUGAAGAGGUGCAGCUGUCCUUCUCCAUCUACCCGUCCAGCAACGUGGAGGACUGGCUGCGGGAGGUGGAGCGCAGCAUGAAGGCCAGCGUGCGGGACAUCAUCGAGAGAGCCAUCAAGGCCUACCCCACGAUGCCCAGGACCCAGUGGGUUCUAAAGUGGCCUGGCCAGGUGACCAUCGCCGGGUGCCAGACCUACUGGACCAUGGAGGUGGCAGAGGCUCUGGGGGCCAGUAACCUCAGUAACCAGCUGUUCCCCCAGCUGGCCCGGCAGCUCAGUGACCUGGUGGCCCUGGUGCGAGGGAAGCUGUCCCGCAUGCAACGGGCCGUGUUGUCAGCUCUAAUUGUCAUUGAGGUCCAUGCCAAGGAUGUGGUGAGCAAGCUGAUCCGGGAGAACAUAGUCAGCGUGAACGACUUUGAGUGGAUCUCGCAGCUGAGGUGA